AUGAACCAGGAGACGAAGAUUCCCAAGCCGCCAGGUUUUCCUGGAAGAGAUUUCUCAAUCCGAAAGGCUAUGAGAAUCGGCACCACGCAGCAGCAGAACAACAUGUACAAUGACUUCCGGGCCCGCAUGCGAAAAGCGAUAUCAACCCAUCUCGACACCGACAAGCCCUUUUCUUUACAAGAACGAGGCAAUCUUAUGCUGGUUGAAGCAUAUAUCAAAAAAACGGAUCCGACUUUACUCGCCAAGUACGAGAAGGCUUGGGUUAUCGACGCUAUCAUGAAGACUGUACUCGCAAACAGCAGUCAACGCACCCGAAACCGUGACCGCCGUACAGCACUCCAAUCCGACCCCAAAGGGACUUCGUCGAGCACAGACACCAACGACAAUCCAACGGCUGCCGACUCGCCAUCGAACAGCUCACCAAGCCCGCCUCAAAUCAACAGAGCAAGGAAACAAAUAUCGCAGGCAGGCCUUGCGCUCUGUCUUAUGUAG